AUGGGGAUGGGGGGCAAGUGGAGGGAACGGCCCAGAUGCACAGCAUUCACGGACCCUCUGGACUGGAAGCACUCACUCAGCCGGGACACACCUCCGCUGCCGCUGCUCCCCACCCUGCAGGAGAAGCUCAGAGGUCCUGUCCCCCUUUCCUCUGAGGGACUCUUUGGUGACCACAAAAGGAUUUGGUCGCUCAGGACAAAGCAGGUGGAGGACAGCGGGAUGGCUGCGCCCGGCGCGCCAUGCUUCCUCCUGACCUUCGACUUGGACGAGACUAUCGUGGACGAAAACAGCGACGACUCCGUUGUGCGUGCCGCGGCGGGCCAGCGGCUGCCUGAGAGCCUGCGUGCCACCUUGCGCGAGGGCUUCUACAAGGAGUACAUGCAGCGCGUCUUCCAGUACCUGGGCGAGCAGGGCGUGCAGCCGCGGGACCUGCGCGCCAUCUACGAGGCCAUCCCCCUGUCGCCCGGCACGGGCGAGCUGCUGCAGUUUGUGGCCAAGCAGGGCGCCUGCUUUGAGGUUAUUCUCACCUUAGACGCCAACACCUUUGGCGUGGAGAGUGCGCUGCGCGCCGCCGGCCACCACGGCCUGUUCUGCCGCAUCUUCAGCAACCCGUCGGGGCCCGACCCUUGGGGGCUGCUGGCGUUGCGGCCCUUCCACGCGCACAGCUGCGCUCGCUGCCCCGCCAACAUGUGCCAGCACAAGGUGCUCAGCGACUAUCUGCGCGAGCAGGCCCACGACGGCCUGCCCUUCGAGCACCUUUUCUACGUGAGCGACGGCGCCAACGACUUCUGCCCCAUGGGGCUGCUGGCAGGCGGCGACGUGGCCUUCCCGCUCCACCACUACCCCAUGCACCGCCUUAUGCAGGAGGCGCAGAAGGCCGAGCCCAGCUCCUUCCGCACCAGGGUGGUGCCCUGGGAAACCUCCGCCGAAGUGCGCCUACACCUGCAUCAGGUGCUGAGGACGUGGCCUGCAGGGGCCACCCGGGCGGGGAGGGGUCCCUCGGCCCGCUAG